AUGUCCGGAGCAUCCAGGGGGGCGAGGCGAGAGGAGGGACCGCGGGGAGUGAGCUCCACAGGCGGCUGCAGGACCGAGCCGUGCCCGGGGAGAGCAGCGGAGAAACUAGAGAUAUCUGUUGAGUCCGAGCUCCCGGGGAAGGCAUGUGACAAAGUGUCCGGGAAAAGAGAGCUCGCAAACGGCUUGUCCAGCGAGCCGAGUCCGGGGGACGCGCUCUCACUCGCGGGUUCCACUCCGCGCUGUGUCCCGGGACCCGGAGCACCAGCGGGGAAAAGCAAACACAGAGAGAUUAUGGAAGAGGUCCCGCGGAGGAGGGGAGCAUGCUGCCACUUUGCCCGGAGUUUGCCAGUCCCAAUGCGAACCGUGAGACAGGAGCGGGCAGCGCGAGCCAAAGUGUCCGGGGAGAGUGCUCCUGAGCGGGCAGAGAGCAGAGCGGAGAGUCGGUGUCACUGCGGAGGCUCCCGGGGAGGAGAGGCCGAGGCUGGGGCUGCGUGUGUCCGCAGAGGAGCGCUCAGAGCCCGGGGAGGUGGCAUGGUUAGAAGCCGGGAUGAGGAGCUCGUGGGCCGGCUGCAGAGGGAGGGGAGGGAGGGAGGGGGUGGAGGGGGGAGGGGAGGAGAGGGAGGGGGGGGUCCCGUGGAUGCCGUGGAGGAGGAGGGGGAGCAGGGCCGUAGCUCUGGUCAGUAA